AUGGCAGGAACAAUACCUUUGGCAAGUGAUAAAGUCAUUCCAGAGACCAAAGAUGAUGGAAUGGCAGACUCCCCGACUGAUCUGGACAUUUGUGAUGAUUUAGAGAUGAUACCCAUAGCUGGAGCUGCAACCAUCAACACAACCACUUCCAUAACAGGUAUUUCGCCAAGUACCAAUCUAGUUGAUGACCCGCCAGAGAACACAGUUUGUUUGGAAGAAGCUGACAAUUCUGUACAUCCUAAUCCUACCAGUGAUGUUCUUAAUGACAUGGAUCCAGUAUUUUGCAGUGUUCCUCAUGGAGGAUGGGUAUACUUACAUAAUACCUGCAGCUUGGACCAGUUCCUUAAUGCACUGUACCUGGUAUGCCGGUUCACACCAAUCCGAAAUCAGCUAGAGGACUUAGCACACAGAUUCCCUGAACCAUACCAACGUCUUUGGAGAGCACUUCUUCUGUGUGAGGAAGGACAAUCCCCCAGUGCAAAGUUUGAGCUAGUGCCUAAGCUCGACUUGUACAAUUGUGAAGGUCUUACGAUAAUGCCAUUGAUAGAAAGACAGCUACGUCAUUGGUUUACAUCAUUUUGCCAAAGAUGUGAAGGUUGGACUGAUCCAUCACAAUAUCUCUGUGAUGUGCGUCUGUCUGAAUUUAAUCCGGAAGAAGGUCUCCAGGAAGCCUUGAGGUCUGCCUUUUCACGUCCAAAUAGGACAUGCAGUCGACAAAGGUGUGGAGGUCGUGCAAACACCAGAGUAGAAUUUGAAUUGAGAAACCCUCCAAUGUUCCUCGCCAUCAAUCUCUACCGUAUCCACCACCUCAUACCCAACUCAGGAAGCAUCAAUUUUACUGAGGUUGUGGAGCUGUUUGAAGAAAGGUAUAUGAUAUUCCUCUUCACCCUGGCCCAACCAGAAGCCUUGGAAAAUGGAUUGUUCAUCCCAGGUCACUACAUGUCCUAUGUCUUCCGACCAGAACGAGGUGGAGAAUUUGGCAGAGAUGGGAGACCAGUAGGAAACUGGUUUUUUUACCCCAAUAAUUUACAUGGGGACAUGGAGCCUUGGACACCUGGCCAAGCAGACCCUGCAGGAACCAAUCCUAGUUAUAUUUACCUCAUUCGGAUUCCUCCUUCCUCUUCUGGAGGAGCCACUUCUGGUCAGGAAGAAGAGGGUCCAACAAGAAUGGCAGGAACAGUACCUUUGGCAAGUGAUAAUGUCAUUCCAGAGACCAAAGAUGAUAGGAUGGAAAAUCAUGUUCAUGAGGGGAUGGUAGAGUCCAGCCCACAACGUGAGGGAGUGAUAGUAGAGUCCAGCCCACAACGUGAGGGAGGGGUGGUAGAGUCCUGCCCACAAUGUGAGGGAGUGGCUCGGCCAGGUUCAGACAAGGAAGAUCAAUCACUCCUAGAAAUCUCCCAGCCAACUUCUGUGAAUGGGACAAGCAAUAAGGAAAACUACAUGGAUAUCAUGUUGAGGCAAAAAAGAAGUCAUUCUCCGAUUAAUAAUGAGGAUGUCAUUCGUAUCAGCAGUAAUAAUUGGAUGACCAGCUCGACUGACAUGGGCCCAGAUAGUGAUGAAGCAACAUCAUCAGAGGGUGAGGAACUCCAGUCAAACAUUACAUCCCGACCACCUGAAAACCGACCUCAAGGUGUUCCUCAUGGAGGACGGGUAUACUUACGUAAUACCUGCAGCUUGGACCAGUUCCUUAAUGGACUGUACCAGGUAUGCCAGUUCACACCAAUCCGAAAUCAGCUAGAGAAGUUAGUACGAAGAUUCCCUGACGCAUAUGAGCUUCUUUGGAGAGCACUACUUCUUUGUGAGGAAGAGCGAUUCCCUGAAGCAAAGCAUGUGCUGGUACCCAGACUUAACAUGUACAGCAAUGAAUAUUUACAAAUAAGGACAUUACUAGAAGGACAGCUACAUCAUUGGUUUACAUCAUUAUGCUGUGAAUGUGAAGAUUGGAUAUCUAUAUCACAAAAUCUCACUGAAAUAUUGCUGAAUGAAUUUAAUCCGGAAGGUCUCCAGGAAGCCUUGAGGUCAAUCUAUUCACUUCCAAAUGGGACAUGCAAUCAGCCAGGGUGUGGAAGUCGUACAAACAUCAGGGUAGAAUUUGAAUUGGGAAACCCUCCAAUGUUCCUCGCCAUACAUCUUAGACACCUCAUUUCCAACUCAGGAAGCAUCAAUUUUACUGAGGUUGUGGAGCUAUUUGGAGAAAGGUACUUCCUGUUUCUCUUCACCAUGAUAAGACCUCCUUCCUCGGAAGGUGAACUUGGGCAUUUUAUGUCCUAUGUCUUCAGACCAGAUGGGGGCACAGAAAUAGGCACAGAUGGGAGGCCAGUAGGAGCCUGGUAUUGGUUUCCCAAUGAUUUUGAUGGGACGCUAGAGCGCAGGACACCUGGCCAAGAAGAUCCCGAGGGAACCUUUCCUGUCACUGCUUACUUAGUCCAGAUUCCUCCUUCCUCCUCUGGAGAAGCCACUUCUGAUCAGGAAGAAGAGGGUCCAAUUCAGAAGGGAGAUGAUAAUAAAGAAUAGCUAGUUAUCCAUCCAUCAGCAUAAUAUAUCAAAUUAUCCAAAACAUAUAUACAGUUCGUGUAUGUCAGAUAUCUUUACUGUUUUGAAUUGUUGAUGAACUAUAGAACAAAUACAACAAAACAAGAGACCCAUGGGCC